GAAGGACAUCGUGGGAAUCGCUCGCGCUGAUUCUGUUUCGUAAGCGGUCGCGCUGCCGGCUCCACGCAAAGAAAGAUUAUUACGAUUCGGACAUUUUAAGGGGCACUGGUGAAUGUGCGGAAUUCUCGUGUUCACUAACGAGCGAUUAUGCGCUUAGGGCAUCUAGGAAAGAUCGGAAUCGGCUGGGGCAUCAUUAGCGUGCUAGGAAUUGGAGGGUUUGUAGCCUCGAAGCAAUCGGUCGACAAGAACCGGUAUGAGAAUAUGAAAAUUCGCGAACGUAUGCGACAAUCGAACGUUGGCGAUUACGAAGUGAAGAACCCAAGACGAUACGAAGCAUAG